GGGCUUCUGCGCGCUCAUGGCCUUCAUCCUCUUCGGCAUGGCCGAGUUCUUCACGCUCCUCUCCCUCGUCAAGGCCAACGACCUGACCCUCGUCGCCUCGCUGAUCAUCGCCUUCUUCCUGCUCCUCAAGAUCCUCCUCGACUCAGUGUACGUCCUCACGACGAUGCUCCCCGGCCUCAAGCUCGUCGCCUUCUUCGUCGGCCAGGUCAUCUUUGCGGUCACGCUAGCCAUCUUCUACUUUGACGAGAUCGUCGACAACUACUGGUUCAAGACGCACGGCAACUACGACCUGCAGGACUACGUCCCCGGCCUCAAUACCUUCUCCGACGACGGGCAGCCGUGGGCCAUCCCGGUCCGCAUCUCGCUCAUCUUCUUCUUCUCGACGGCGGCCACGAUCUCCUUCUGCUCCUUCGCCCAAUGCGCAAACGAGCUCCUCUUCUCACCUCGCCCUCGCGGUGCCGCCGCAGGCUGCCUCAUCGACGCCCUCGGCCUCGGCGUCGUCGGGGCCGUGGCCGUCACCGGCGCGACGGGCCGCGGCGGCGUCGACUUUGCAGCCUAUUCGACCAAUGCCCGGGCGGUGACCGCGGAGGACAUGGACCCGCUCAUUGCGCUUAGCGCCAAGCCAUCCGACGUCGACCCGGAGAGCGGCGGCAUCGCCUACAAACGGCUCGAGCCCCCCCAGAGGCCGCGGCCAUCGAAGAAGCAAGUCGAAUCAAUGCGCGGCGCCAAGUAG